CGGGGGUUGUGGGAUGAGGAGGAGGGGUAGCAAGCCGGUGACGCGGGGCCUUCACGUGACCGCGUGCUGCAGAGCUGACGCAGCCUUCGUUUCAGCACUCACUGCCUUCUGGGUACCAGCUCCCCACUCCCCGCUCCUCCGCGCGGCGCGCUGGCUCUGGCCCCUGGGAAAGCGGAGAAGUUCUUUGCAGAUCUUCCUUUCUGAGGGUUGCUGCUGCGUGUCUGACAGUGACAAUCAAGGGGAAGAAGAGCCAGCAAGAAUAGACCCAGGAAUAAUGGAGUCCAAAAACGAACAAGUGGCAAAAACCGUCAACAUGGAAAAUAGCAACCAGGAAAAUAAGAAGGAUCCAAAGGAGCGAGAUGCUAAUAAAGGAGAACCUUUGGAAGUUGGUGAAUAUCAUGUGCCCAGAGGAAUUCGUAGGCAGCUCCGUGUUAGGCAGCCCCUCCUGCAGGAUAGAAGGGACAUGAUUAUGAGGCUUGGAGGGCCACAGGGAAGGAUGAGAGAAGACAAUAUGGAAAGAAUUGGGAAUGAAAUGAGAGAGAUUAUGCAAAAACUGAGGGAAAGGCAACUGACUCAUAGUUUGCGGGCAGUUAGCACUGACCCUCCUCACCAUGACCACCACGAUGAAUUUUGCCUUAUGCCUUGAAUCCUAAUGUUUUCUCUAAAGUUGAUAGGGAUGUAUCUGAUUUCUAAACUUACAUGUUUGUGAUGCACUUUUAUUGUAAACCUUUUGAUGUCACUCAUUUCUGGUGGGUCCUUUAUUGCCAGUUUCUAGUUGAAUCUUGUUUUUGACCCCAUCGGUAAGAUUUUACUAGCAGGGAAACUUUACCUAUUGCAUGGGAAAACCCUCACUAUAUAUUGUGAAAUUAAUAAAGCAGUUUAAGAAA